UUGUCCUGACGCGAACCUGAUGCCGUGACGCCAUUAAACUGCGACGGAAACGGCUAGGCGGAGGAAGAAAACUUGCUAAGCCAGUUUGUUUCAUCCGACCUGGGUUAAACAUGUUUAAUUUUGUAUUUUCGCGUUAAUUUCGUGACUAUUAUAAUAUGUAUUUUGCGUACGAAGCCCGGAUAUUGUGUUAAAUAUUGUCGCAGAGUUACAGCGAGUCACUUAGAUGUGCGUUUAGCCUGUUUAGCUAGCAUGCUAUUUGAAAGUUUGCUAAGUUGUGUUGUUUUGGUGCUUUAUGGAGAGGAAGAAACUGUGAUUCCUGUUCUGAAAUGUGAGGAAUAGUGUAAUAGCCUGCAUUUACACGCUGUAAGGAUUAAAAAGCGGCUUCACCAUGAGCGACAACGACUCGGAAGUGGAAAGGAUUAUGUCGGGGCGGCCGCCCAGCAGCUACGGCUCCAUGUGUAGCGACGAUCCAGAAGAUGAUGAUGAGAUUCAAGAUGCUGCUCCUCAGCCCAUCAUUAAAGUCAAUUUACCUACAAGGAUCAAGCUUCAUCGGCCAGACUCGCCAGAAACCACUGUCACCUCAGUCACACAAGACCGACGAACCAGUGUCCAUAAUGAGGGGGUCUACAUUACUGCGCAAAGGAAAGAGCAGGAAGAACCUUCAGAAGAAGGGAUGAUGGAGGUGGAAGAUAGUGAGAGUUUUGUGCAUAUGAGAGACCCCCGAAACAGAGAGAGGAGGAAUAUUCAGGCGGAACCAAGUGUUCCUGAACCCACACACUCACCCACAUCCGCGGAGGAUCCGGCACACGAACUCACCCUGCCCUAUGUAUUCACUGCCAUGCUGCGCUCUCUCAGAACUCUGAACGCAAUGGAGCUGCUGUGUUUCGUUCGCACUCUGUGCUCGCAGUGUAACGGUCAGAUCGAGUUCCGCCAGCUGGAGCAGGAGGGUGAGAUCGACGUCCUCGGCGUGGUGGACAGAAUGCUGGAGAAAUGGGACAAAGGAGAGGCGCUGCACAUCACCGUGCGCACGCUGUACGACAUCAACAAGCACGCCGUCGCUAGCACACUGGAGAAAGUGUGCGGGAGAGCUUUGGUGCAGUUCGAACUCAGAGCCAGUCACAAGCGCCGUUAUUACAGUCUCUACGAGGGAACCUGUCGCCCAGGGCAACAGCGCUACAUCAGGCACGUCUACGUAGAAUCGCCCAUUGUACUCAAAACCCCAACCAAUGAGGAAACGCCGAUCCGCACCAGCGCCCUCUUCUCUCCUCUUGAGGGCGAAGGUCGUGUCCGCGUCGUCGUGACAACAGGCGUCCCAGCCAUCGGCCUUACAGUGACCGCGCAGAUGUUCAUCAUGGACUGGACGGAGGAGCAGGCACAUCAGGACUUCCAGUUUGUGUUUGCACUUCCGGGUCGUGACCUUCACCUGGUCAGAAACUCGGAGCAGACUUUCCUGGAGUUCCUUGCCUCGUUUUAUCCUGAAGCGAAGCACGCGGAAUUCCUGGCCUGCCAAGACUGCGCUGUGCUCUUUGUCAUCGAUGCGCUCGAGCUCUGCAGGCAACCCCUCGAUUUUCAGAACAAUCCAAGCGUCACAGAGAUCACGACUCGGGCUCCUGCGGACGCCCUUCUCACUAGUUUAAUCAAAGGAGACUUGCUGCCUCAUGCGUACGUUUGGAUCACAGCUCAUCGUUCCAUUUGUUGGAAAAUCCCGGCAACUUGCAUUAGCAGAAUUACAGAGCUAAAAGGAUUUGGCGACGCGCAGAAGGAUGAGUAUUUCACCAAACGGACUAAAGAGCCAACGCUUGGCAGCCGCAUUCUAGAUCAUGUCAAAAGUUCUCCAGGUCUGUACGAUGCCUGCUAUCUGCCGCUCUUCUCCUGGAUUGUUUCCUUCGUUUACGAGCGGCGUUUUCAGAAUCGAAGGUUUACCGAGCCAGAGCCGGCGCUCACCACUUUUUACAUGCAGUAUGUCAUCGUGCUGACGAACCGGAAGAUUGAGCGCUACGUUGGAACGGGGCUUGACGCAUCACGGUGGAAAGAUACAGAUAAAGACUUCUUGAUGAAAAUGGGCGAGCUGGCGCUGUGGAUGCUGGUAGAAAGAAAGAACGUCUUCUAUGAAGACUGCGUGUCUCGUUUGGCACUGGACAUCCACGACGUCACUCAUCGAGGCGGGAUCUCAUCGGAAACAGGUGAACCCACGAGAGAAAAUGGGCAGAGCUUCAGAUUCGUCCACCACAGCAUUCAGAAAUUCAUGGCUGCCGUGUACGUCUACGUCAAGUUUCGGACGACGGGAGAAAAUGUUUUGGAUCCGCAGACAGGCAGAACGAAGACAGAGCGACCCGUCUGCGAGCUUUACAAACCCGUCAUCGACCGCACACUCAAAAGCCGUGAUGGAGACAUGGACCUCUUCCUGCACUUCCUGUUGGGACUGGCGGCUCGCGGGACGGAGAUGCAUCUGCGCGGCCACCUGCUGCCUCAGUAUCACCCCGAGCCGAAGGGCGUGGAGGACGUGCUCAAGUACGCCAGGAAGAAGAUGAAGGAGAACGCCGUGCCUGAGCGGUGUAGAAAUUUGGAGCUAUGUCUCACAGAGCUGGAAGGGGGCAGGAAUGCGUGAUGAGAGAGCGACAGGUUGACGGAUAAAUAACUGAGGAGGUUCAUAUGCUGCUUUUGGUCAGUGGGUACUUCACAGAAUGACAAAACGAGAAGAGCUGUAUCUCCUCUGCCUUUCUGAGGGCAUUUCGUUAGUUCAUCAGGAAGUAAUGGAGUGAUGUUAGAUGAGUGUUUAACGAGCACAGGCUACAUUUAACUGUGAUGUAAUGAUGGAUAGAUGAGUGUUUUUCCGCAGCACAUUCAAAACAGCGCAAGUGGUGAAAGAACCUGAGCUUUUUAUUUCCAGUUCAUUUUCCCAGAAGCUUUUAAACGAUAUAGUAUCAGGAAAGAAACUGAUAAUACUAACAGUACACAUUUUAGUGUGUGGUGUGUUUUUGCGGCACUGCUGUAUGUUUUACUGAGAGAUUCUUAGCGAGAUUUUUCCUUCUGUAAUGCGAAGAGUUUGAAACCAAGCGAUCUGCGAGACAAGCGUUAUUAAAGCAGCAUACACGAGUGUCGAUGAUCAGUGGAGACGGAGCGCUUGUAGAAAGGAAGAGGCCGUGUACAACCUUUUUAUACGGUCACGUGGUAUGAAAAAAUGUAGCUUGUUAUUGUAAGUUUUAUAUUUUGUUAUUUAUUUAAUGGCAGAUCAUUAUUUUGACAUGCCACUGAAAGCACUUCCUUUAGAGUAGUUAUUGAUUUUUACCUUUUUAUAUGGAUUUUAAAUAAGGAGUUAUUACUUAAUGCUUUUUAAUUAAAAAUAAAUAAAAAAGCAAGUUUAUGCAACAGUAGAAAAUAAUAAUAAUAAUAAUAUUACUACUUCUCAUAAUUAUCAUUAUUAUGUUUUGUCAGAGUCUAUUUUUCUUUUCUUACUUGAACGUGAGGAGUGGCGUUUAGUCUGAGCGUUGCCAUAACAACGACAAAUCUACACUUGUCACAGUGAAACAAGGCACUACCGGUAGUUCAGCAUGUUGGCCAAAUGUUGAGUGUCUGUCCCUGUGCAUGCGUGUGUGCGUGCAUGUAUAUGCGUAACAAAUCGGAGACGGACGGCGUCACUAGCCCCGCCCCUACGCACUUGUAUUACGUGUUGUUGCUGCCGAUAGAUGAGUUUGCACCAUCUCAGAAAAAUGACAGAACUCUCUCAAAGAAGAACUCCACCAGUUCCACAUUACAGUAAUCUUUGCAACUGUAUAUUUCCAAAUCAAUUUAUGUCACUGUUCGUAACAAAACAAAAGGGGGAUUCUGCUUUUCUGGGUCGAGGCACAUGCUGGGUGACAGGGUCAGUCAUUUUGGAAAGCUUCAGCGACGUUCAAUAGCGCAAGCUCCACCCCCGAAAAGUGCUGACUCUAAAGCAGGAAGUAAAAAAAAAUGUUCCUGGAAGUACAAGUGGGGAACUGAAUUCGUUGCUGGUUCCUUCAGUGGGAAAUAAUCUAAAAUUCCUGAAACGUUUCCUUCAGGGGAAAUAUGGCUUACUUGAGCAGGUAACAAAACACAUCCAGCUGGAAUCCUUGGGACUUCAUUUGGGGGAAAAAAUACCAUCAAUCAUGUGAAGUUUCCUGUGUUGUGUGUGAUGGAUGACUGGCCUCUGCCUCCUGGCUACAUCCCAAAUCGUAUACUACUUCAAAACAAUGCCUUCUUAGGACUAACACUCCUUGCAUUGGGUGAGUUCGGGUGUUUGCUCACUACGUCGUCCACUCGGAAAUCACUGACGGGAUAGAAGUCUCAUUACUGACAUUUGCACCUUUUUGGCUCCUUGACUAAAUAGCCAUAAAGUGGAUGAACGUCUACUAAGGACACUAAACAGAGAUGAAAUUGGAACAGGAUAUUGAGAAUAUCUUGCGCACGCGCACACACACACACACACACACACAAUCCUGUGUGGUCCAUUACUAGGCUUGCGAUAUUAAAAAAAAAAAACGUUUACAUUUGACAAUAAAUGUGUGUUAAGCUCAAAUAAAUGUUCAUAAAAGAGUCUUAA